CUGCAUUGAAAGAAGGGGUUAGGGUUUAUCAUUUGAUACCGUGGGAAUUAAUAUUACAAAAGCAUUUCGGAGCGAAAUCAUACCAUUUAUUCCUUGAACAGACAGCUGCGGAUUGAAAAGUUUUCAAAAGCCAUUGCCGAGGACACGUGCAUUGGUUAUAUUUACUCUGAUCUGUCAGAAGUGCAGGUGAUCAUAUAAGGUAUACAUUCACGUUCGCUUUGAUAUUAGUAGGAGCUGUGCAAAAGCGCUGACGAUUCGCCGUGUUCAGUAACUGCACGAAACUCGCUCUAAUCUGACAUAACUCUCUCCCUUGUCGCUACCGAGGAAAGUCAACGUAUUUCCACAGAUUAAGGAAACAAGAGCUAACCAUGUGCAGUAAGAAAGUGGCCGGAGUGGCGCUGUUCACAGCAGGCCUCAUCUUGGUAAUACUUGGUGUUGUCUUUGGACUCCUGCUACCAAGUGCAGCUCAGAAGAAAAUUGAGGAAUCAGUUUGUGUGAACAGCAAGGACAGCCCAGGAUAUGGACGAUGGGAGGGUCCCAGUCUCUACAGAACGAGAGUCUAUUACUGGAAUAUCACCAACAAGGAUGAAUUCUUUUACCGGGGAGAAAAACCAAAGCUUCGACAAGCAGGUCCUUAUGUCUACAGUAUAACAUCAAAGCGGGUUGACGUGAAGUUCGAAGACGCAAAAGUUACAAGCAAACCAUUCGAGAAGGCUGAAUUCAACAAGAAACUUACCAAAGAAGAAUGUCCAACAUGUGGCGAAGACGAUAAGCUGACUGUAUUGAAUGCAGGCUACCUAGCCCAAGGAAAAGUUCUGAGCCAGGCUAUUAUACCCCUUAUGAUGAACAUAUUGUUUGAAAGACUUAAGAGAGAUCGGAAUGAAACCUCUAUUCUCCGCCAAAUGGGACAAGCUGACAAUCAGCUAAACUUAACCUACCCAUCGAAUGCUUUUGGUUCCUGGAUCCAUUCCCUCCAACAUUUUGAGUCUCUACGAAAAACUUACUCUUUGGCAGAGAUGAAUGGCCUAUACGGUGCACUGCUGAACACUUCGAAAUUCGGGCCAUUCACUAACCCACCACUUCUAGCAAAAUGCCUCGGUGGCAAUUUGAGUGUACAGUGUGGUCUUGCUAUAAACUUGAACUUUCAACCGAAGCAACCUCAAGCUGCAAAAUUCAUACAAGAAAUAUUGUGUCCUAAUACGAAAUUAGCUUGCUUCAACACCUCAAAAAAUGGCACAUACAAAGCUCUACGUGCGUUCACCCUUGAACUCUCUAAAGCUGGCCUGUCUUUCCUGACGCAACACAACUUUGGGGCCACGACCACUAGAAACCAGAGUGACUUGUCAAUUGGAUAUAAAUUACAUUUACCCGGAGACCCAGACGGAAUACCAAUCCCGGGGAGCGUAACCUCACAUGCCAAUGAAACUGAAGCUAGGAAGAAGGCAACUAGCAGUACAUUCCACACCUGUGAAUCCACAGGAGACAGAUUUGCGUUUGCAGCGGUAGGCGGCGAAAGCACAGUUAGCAUCAAUCUAUAUCCAAAUGCAUCAAAAGAACAGCUCAAGGUUCGUGGUUACUACAAUCAAUUUCCUGGACGGAAAAGUUUGAAAGCUUGCUCUACCAAGUACGCUCCAACGGAAAACAGCUAUGAGAUUUUCAUAACUUAUUUCCGUUUUGCCAUUCCCGUCAAGUACAAAGAAGACUUCGAAAUACACGGGAUUCCAAUGCACAAAUACUCACUGGACGAGGCGGCAGUUGAAGUGAAUAACGUGACGGUGUUCACCAAAGGUGUUUUUGAUGUCAGCCGGGUUUUGAAAGGUCCUUUCUACGCCAGCCUACCCGGAUUUCUUUAUGGAGAAGAGUCUCUCCACGUGGAUCUGGACCAUGAUAAACCUACGGUAGACAAGCAUGAGUCCCUGCUGAGUAUUGAGCCGAUAUCUGGGACAGCCAUGCAACUUAAACUUCGUAUCCAACUAAAUGGAAUACUUUCAAGUGACUUGUCAGCUCCCGGCUCAAAUAUGACAUUUGUCGACAAAUUGAUUCCUAUAUCGUGGACAGAAAUAGAAGCAACCAUUGAUGCAGACACGGCUAAGGAAUACAGCUCACAGGUGUUCGGAGGCCUGCGAAUGUCAUGUGGUUUACUCGUGUCUUUGCCUGUGAUUGGUGGGAUCCUUGUCAUUGUGGGUGUGAUUUUAAUUGUCUUGGCUGUCAAGAAACCUGGCUCUGUGACUGUAGCGUAAGCUUUCCGUUUGAGGAAUGCAAAUUAAUAGUGUAAGAACUUCACAUGUAAUAUUCACACAGGACAGUUCUCUCCAAGUUAACUUAUAAGCUACCAUGAAAUUUUACUGUUACUCGACACAUCUUUUAUUUUCUAAUACUUUUACGACUGGGCCGUUAAAAGCACAUUUCAAAAUAAACAAGCAACUUUCUCUUAAGUAUAUAUUGCAUUUGUAGCACCAAGUACUACAAUUUUUAUCUCAAGAGUCUAAUUUGACAAACCAAAUAUGAGAAGGUGCUAAGAGUAUUACUUUCUCAUCGUUAUGUUCCGUCUAACGCCAAAUGCGGCGAUCAAUUCGAAGCUUCAACAUCCCCCCUUUGGCAACUCACGAGCAAUGUGAACCUUGCCUGGCCGGGGUGGGGAAUCUGAACUGGAAGUUUCAAGUCUUUCCAGUAAAAUAUAAGUGUUAUAUCUUUUAAUAUGGAAGUGUUUAAGGUAAAUAGUUCACUUUUGCAAGCGAAUGGCUUAGAAGAAAAGGUCUACAAGGUCUUGGUUUUAAAGCUUUUUCAAAGUUUAGAAAGUGACGAUUGCUGAUUAUGGCCCCGGGGGGAGAAGCAAGUAUUUGAACAAACUAACUUUCAAUUUUCAAAAGUUCAAAUGCCAGGGGGGUGUAGAUAUAGAUCACAGCCCUUUUUUGCAUCAUUAGACGCCGCGAGGGAAAGUUCAAGUAUGGGUAUGAGAAAACGAUGUUUCGACGGUUAUCAUGUAGAAGGCGCAUUUUUGUCUUAAAAAUCCGGGAAAAAAAGCGGGAAACUGACUAAAAAAAGUUUGUUUAUGACGAUAAUGAAAAGAGAAGCUGGAUAUUUAUAUAAGAAAACGUAGAAUUUUCAUCCUACUAGUUUUGACUCGUUUUAACUCAGAACUUUUUUCAUAAAAUAUUACUACUUAAAUUAAAAAUAAAGUGUGUUAUUUCCAAACCA